UGCGCGCGCGCGUAGACCUCGCUGUGACGUAGUGGCCGGCUCGGCGCUGGUCGCUCGAAGUAAAUAAAAGGGCGCGCCGUGUUACAGACUCCCCCUCUGGCUCCGAAGUCGUCCCGACGAGGAAGCUAGGACUGGUGUGGAUGACGGCGUGCCAUCACACGAUGUGGCUUAGGAAGUCAUCUUCGGCUGACCAUGCUCACGCAUGGCGCAGCGGAGGUGGCUUGAGGCACCACCUUUUCUGGUUGACCACGCUCAGGCAUGGCACUGCGGAGGUGGCUCGUGAGGUCAUCUUCUUCGUAUGACCACGCUCACGCAUGGCAAGGCGGAGGUGGCUCGGGAGGUCGUCUUCUUCAGCCGACCACGCUCACGCAUGGCACUGCGGAGGUAGCUCAGGAGGUCAUCUUCUUCAGCCGACCACGCUCACGCAUGGCUGGGCGGAGGUGGCUCGGGAAGUCAUCUUCUUCAGCCGACCACGCUCACGCAUGGCAAGGCGGAGGUGGCUCGGGAAGUCAUCUUCUUCAGCCGACCACGCUCACGCAUGGCUCGGCGGAGGUGGCUCGGGGCACCACCAUGGGCUGGCUGACCACGCUCGUGGAGAGGCGCGGCUAGACUGGGCACAGGCGCCGUCUCAGCGCUCUGGAGCAGGCGGGGCGCUGAUGAGUGGUACAGGCCCAGGGACUGGUCAGGAACAUUGGUGUCUGCAAUUUCAAAGAGCUAGUCCAUGACUUCGAAACAUCAUAUAGGGCUUUGGUGCUGAGCCCUGAGUACAGUUGCCACGAAAACCCUCAGGCGUUCUCAAACUUCUCCCGUAAGGAAUAAUUUCCUCCCUCCCCCUGUUUCCAAACAGGGCUGAUGUGACUGAAUUUAUAGUAGUCUCAGCUCAAACCGUAAUUUAAAGGCCACGAAGAGC